GACGCCCCCAUGACGCCGCAGUGACGCGCGCGGGCCGCGCCGGGGGGGCGGGGCUGUGCGGCCGUUGGCGGGGCGGGGCCGCGCCGCGUGCCCGCCCUCCCCUGAGCCCGCCCGCCCGCUCGGCGCUGCCGGGGCCGCUGCGGAGCCUCCGCGAGGGAGACGGGAGAGUCGGCGCCGCUGCUGCCGCCUGGGUGAGCUCGGGGAGCCCCGGGCGUUCGGCGGGAAGCCGAGCCUAGGCAUGGGCCUCAUCUUCGCCAAGCUGUGGAGCCUCUUCGGUAGCCAAGAGCACAAAGUAAUCAUAGUGGGACUUGAUAAUGCUGGAAAGACUACUAUUCUUUACCAGUUCUUAAUGAAUGAAGUGGUUCAUACUUCUCCAACCAUAGGAAGCAAUGUAGAAGAAAUAGUGGUGAAAAACACUCAUUUCUUAAUGUGGGAUAUUGGAGGACAAGAAUCAUUACGGUCGUCAUGGAAUACCUAUUAUUCAAACACAGAGUUCAUCAUUCUGGUUGUUGACAGCAUUGAUAGAGAGCGACUUUCUAUUACAAAAGAAGAACUUUAUAGAAUGCUGGCUCAUGAGGAUUUGCGGAAGGCUGCGGUUCUGAUCUUUGCCAACAAGCAGGACAUGAAAGGCUGCAUGACGGCUGCCGAGAUAUCCGCGUACCUCACCCUCAGCUCCAUCAAGGAUCACCCCUGGCACAUCCAGUCCUGCUGUGCUCUGACAGGAGAGGGAUUAUGCCAAGGCUUGGAGUGGAUGACCUCCCGUAUUGGAGUGAGAUAGCUUUUUUAUUUGCCUUUUUUUUUCUUUUUUUUUUUUGUUAUUCCUCCAAAAGAAGAGACUUCUAUUUAUCCUGUGAACAUGUACAUUUUUCUGUACUUUUGACUGCUGAGGCAGUGACCAAUGUUUAAUUUAUAUCAGCCAACCUCUAAGCUGUGCUUGAAUCAAGCGCAGUUGAACUGAAACACAAAAGUAUUUUCUUAACUUUUUUUAAUACACUAAUCUUCAACUGGAUGAACAUAUGUGAAUCUGUUUUUAAACACUGAAAUCCUUCUGAAUAUGAAUUCUAACUUUUUCAAUGAUAGCUUUUUAAAAUCUCUUUUGUCAUUGUCAAUAUUUCAGAUUUCCUCUUUCUAAAUAGUUGUAUAACUUACUAACAUAAAGGAGCACAUUUUAUUUAAUAAUUAAAAGUAGUGUUUAGGUUAACUUUACUCUGCCAUAGCUUUAACCUCAAAGGAUAACCAUAUCUCCAGCUGGACUUCCUGGAAUAUUAGUAGAGUUCUAGUCAGCACAAGAAUUAAUAGUUAUGAGUGCAAAUUUUUAAGUGCUUAAUGAAAUAUUGAAAGUUAAUAUUGUGAUGGCUUUCAAUCUGAUAUACAAUGGAACUUCUGCCUUAAAAAUCUGUUUCAGUCUCAGUUUCUCUGGUAGGUAGUUCUAGGACAUUCUUAUAUUCUUCUACUUGAAGGUACAUCUCUGUACAGUGCUUAAAAAUAUUAUUACUAAAUGCUGGUGUAGUCAUUUAGAACUUGAAUAACUUUUCAAAGAUAAAUGGGUAAUUAAAUUUGGAAUCACAGCAGCCAGUGUUAUGUGUACACUUUCUAUAUUCUGUUAAAAUUUUAAACUCUAUAUAUGUGAACCUUCCUCACCUUUUAGUGAGAGUGCUGUUUUCUAAAUUAAUACAAAAUCAAAAGGGAAGCCAGAUCUAUAAACAAAACAAAACCAUGGUGCUGUAUCUGUAGACUUCGGAGUGAAGCUAAUCUUGACAUUUAUUUAUCUACUAUCAUACGUGUUUUCAGAUUCUGUUACAGAGAAAUUAUUUUGCCUUCAUUUUUGUUUUUGGUCUUAUUUGCACAAGCAGAGAACUUUUGACAGUGUUUGAGUUAGAUUCUUUCACCUGAAAUUUGAAAAACAGGUGGUGAAAGAGUGGACCCAGUAACUGUUAAUUCAAUUUGAAGGGAAUUAAGUUAAAUCUAAAGAUAAUCUAAAGAUAUGGAGUUAAUUGAGAACAUGAACCAUCACAUAAACCUAACCACCAGUCCCCCUGAAAACCCCACAUGAGGAUUAAAAGAAAAGAACAAAUCAAAACUGAUAGUGGACACCCCGUUCCUAGCAAGGUCCCAGCAGCAGUCAGGUACCCAGCCUAUCUAAAUGCUUGGCAGGUUUUCCAGAAGCACCAUUCUGCACUUCUGCAUGCCUAAAAGCCACAUGGAGUUUGGUUACCUGAACUGUUUUGCAAACUGACUGUAGGCCUUUGAUGACAAAAUGUUUUUGUUUAAUCUUGUUUUGAAAAUUUAAGGACACUGAGUUUUCUUUAAUAAAAUUUUAAGCUUUGUAAAUCUCAA